UUUGUUUUCAAAAUCUUGCAGUUAAACCGAAUUAUCGUUUGUUCUGUCUGUCGCUUAGUCAAAUACAUUUCUUGUCAAAAAAUAACAUUCGUUGCAACUUGUCGAAUAGGAAAAUAGUAGCAAUUGUGCAUUACCUGCAGACACUCUGGUUUACUCGUUUGUUUCGUUUGCUUCGCCAUCAGGUUCGGUGACAAAAACUAAUUUCUUCGUUUUUGCCUUUGCCUUGGCUAGUGAGUUUCAAUUUUUGUGCAUCGGUUUGCAGAAAAAUAAAUUUUUAUAAGAAACGUCAUAAUUUGUUAUCUGGUCGCAAUUUCUUGGGUUAAGCCUCAAAUCUCCGUUAAUGCAUGAAAAAGCUCAAACAUUCCAAAAUGGAUACGAAUGUUUUGUGGGGGAAAGCAGACGUCGGGGCAGAAAAAAUGACGACAGCGUCGCAGUAAACGGCAGUGGCAACGGUAAUAUCGCAGCAGCAAGUGCAAAGUGAAAAUUAAACGUCGCUUUGCUCAAGUGAAAUGAGACGGCGACAGCACAAGUCUGAAUUGAGGUCGAAAUCAAUUUAAAGCUCUGUAGUGACCAUCAAUUUGUAUAUGUUUGUAUUAUAUUAAAAUUGUAUGUGUAUGUAUGUAUGUACAUAAAUAAAAUAUACAACAGCGUUAGACCAGUGCUCGUUCGAACGUUACUUUACGAAAAUUAAUUGUAAAUAUGCUAAUUAUGCUUUGAAGAAUUUACUGAUAGAUCCAAAUUUGAGGUUACAACAAUUGAAUGAUAGCAUAAAAACACUGAAAAUCACCCUCGAAACGCGCAUGUACGACGUGUCUUGCAUCUAUCUACUUUUUUCAUAUAUGAACCUUACCCCUUGUGGGGGUUUUUGUUCUCCUUCAGUGCUUACACACAUCGUUGACGUUGAAUUUCUUUGUGAUGUCGAUCUAUGAACAAAGAAAGUUCAUAACGAAUAAUUUACUCUGAAAAAACUUUAAAGCGACAACAAAUGAGUUGAGAGCAUCGGUGUCGUUAUGAAAUAACUUGUAUUAUUGUCAAAUUCUUUGUGGUAACGUGCAGGGUGUAGUCUUUUCUUAAAUACAUAUGUAUCUAGUAUAUUCAAAUCGACGUUUUAUGUGGCCUUAAGAUUGACAUACAAAUUAUCUUUGUUGCGUGAUGUUGCAUUGUAAAUUUCUGUUGGGUACAGUUCUGGAAAUUGUGAGCCUUUGCUAUUCCUUUAAAAUUUUGAUCAACAAAUUUUUAUUAAAUUUUAGGUAUACACAUGAAGAAAAAUUAUGACCUGUUAUUCUUUUUCUUCUUAGUUUUGCAUAUAUUAGCUUUAAAAAGUCUGUGUGCACAAAUUAACUCAAUAUCCAAACAACCAAUGAGUAAUCAUCGAAAAAAUUCCAACUUUUUUUUAUCAUUAGGUAAAUAAUUAGUCUAAAAUUUUAGAAAAUGUAUGCAUUUUUUCUAAGUAACACCUCCAGCUCAGUAAUAAUUAUUAUCUAAAGAACUUUAGUUUGUGUGGCAACACUUAUUUCAUGCUAUUUCAAGGGACAUGAUUCUACAAAGAAUUUACUGCUUGAAUCGUCAAAUUAUUAAACGCAGGAUGAGAGAACCUAGGUAGAUGGAAAAACAAUACCAACAAGCAGCAGUAGCAGCGAAAUCAGCUGCUUUAGAAGCGACAGGAACUGGGAGUGUAGGUAGAUAGACGAACAUACCAAAGCAAACCGAGUACUUUUAAAACAGGUAUAGAGAUAAAGUGCAAAGUGAAAUGAGUAGAAUUGUGACUAUGUAUUGUUAUUGUAGUAAUUUUGUCGGACGAUUCAAAAACUUGUACCACAAUUUCGAUGGAUAACUAGUUUAUUGUUGCUCUUCGUAGUGUACUGUUCAUUAGCUAAGAGUUAAAAUUUUAAUAAUUCACCAUAUUGUUAAAAAAUAUACAUUGUAGAAUUAACGCUUUCGGAAGUUGCUGUGCAAUUAAAGAAAUCGCUUGAAUUUUUUCUUCCACCAGUUUCUACCUUAAAUGCUCAUUUGAAAAGAAUAAUUUCAUAUACAAGGCAAUUGACUUUGAAGAAAACAACAUAAUUUUCCAAGAAAGAAAAGUUUUAAAUUAAAAAACCCUUGUAAAGAUAUCAUAAUAUUAUAAAUUGUGGAAAUCGCAUACCUGCGAUUAAAGUAGUGAAAAUUUGUAAUCACUUACAACUUGUUUGCGUCUUCAUUCGUUACAAAUUUUACGUUAUCGGCAACCGUGAGUGUGUGCGUGUGAGUUGAGUGUAUCGUUUAAAUCUCCAGUCACACAGUGGGUCAAUCAGCCAGUGAUUAGACAGUUAUCAAACAUAGCAGUUCAUCUGAGCGAACUAAGCAAAACAUAUAUAUAUAUAUAGAACACCAAAAUAUUUCCUUUUCAAAAAGUAGACGAGCUUUAUUGAUUUAUCAACGAAGCGCGACGACAUCAGACAGUUACGUCAGCAAACGUCGUGUUAGCUAGCUGUAAAGCAGAAUUUAAAAUUCUUUACCCACAAGUUAACGAAAAAGUUUUCAUCAUUCCUCAUUCAACGCUUAGUGAUCACUUCUUGCAGCCUUACGACGACCCAAGGCAACGUUGGGAUCAAACCAGCGAACGUUAUUUAGGCACAAUAGCGCAGGACAGGAUCGUGAAAUCAAGCACCAUUGAGGGAGGCAGCAGCACCGGUGACACCAGUAUUGGCGGCAGCGGUUUACACCUUGCAAUAACGGCUCAUCAAACUGAUACUGAGCGUUUUAACGACAAUUCGUGUAACCGAGGAGGAGGAGGCGGCGGCGUUAGCGUCAGCUGCGGCGGCCAAACCCCGCCCACACCAACGGUCGGAAAAACACUGUUAAAUACAAGUCCCAAUCUUUUGCCGAUUACCACUGCGUCGGAUACUUUUAACAAUUUGAAAAAUUUAGUCAAGAUUGAUAAGGGUUCCAGUCCAACAAACGGUAACACCAAUAGUGGUGGUAGUAGUUAUCGCCCAAAAGGCAAUAACGUUGGUGGUUAUAAAAAUAACAGUAACCUUGCCCAUACAAUCGGUGUUUCUCCAACAUCUGCCGACGAACGUGGUCUAAUUUCCGGUAACGGCAGCGGUUCAUCUGGUUCGGGUAUCGUUGCUGGGGGGCGUGCUGGAGCAGGAAGCUCUUCGGGAUAUAUUAGUUCAACUUAUAACAGGAAUUCCGCCAAAAUUCGUCAAUACGAUUCGGACGUAAGCCCACGACCUCGACGAACUUACCAGGGUGACUCGUCGUCGUCGCGUUACUAUAACAAGAAUAGUGACACUUUGGGACAGGGCCCCAAAUCAGUUGGUACUAGCGGUAACGGCACUCUAAGUGGUGCUGGUAUCGGACGUGCUAUCAUAGGUAACGAAGGUAAUAGCGGACGCGGCUCAUACAACGCCGACGGAAGCAAUAACAGACGUUAUAACAAUCAAUCGACAGAUGGCGGCUACAAUAGUGCUAAUCGUAAUAUAAACUCAACCGGUGGCGGAGGCAACAGCUAUCGCCAGCAGCAGGCCAACCGUUACGAGAACAGCAAUGGGCAACAGCGGUCUUAUGGCAAUUCCACAAAUGCCAACUACAACAGUAAUUAUUCAAAUAAACAAGGCUAUGGCUCACGUUCUGGCUACAAUGAUGGAAAUGUAAAUGCGCGAUCAAAUCACCGUGAAGACUACGGUAGCAACAACUAUCGAGAGUACGACGACACACCACGUUCACGUUAUAAUACUGGAAAUAACAGCAAUUCUAAUAGUCUUGAACGCAGCAACAACGGGCGAUACAAGCCCUCUGAGCAGGGUAACGGAAACGGCCAUAUUCCGUCUGCCUUAAGACAAGGCGGUAUUUCAAUAGAGGAUCGUUACGAUCGUGCUUCUAGUUCGGCUGAAGUCGGUCGAGCUUAUAGCAAUCGCACUCCACCAAUUCGUGGCGGAAAUGCAUCUGGCACCGGUUCAGUACCAGGUGCACAACACUCUUCAACACCAACUUCGAUAAAUUCAGCGUCAUCGUCGUCACGUGGCAUAUCACCCAACUCAGCUGGCGCCACAGCCGGAGCACAGCACAUUUCACCAUCACCCACGCCACCACCUCCAUCUGCAGGUCGCUGGGUGCCACCAUCUUUGCGUCCACAACAUGGACUCAGUCAGACCGAAAAGAACGAUGCUGUCUUCAGAAAGGUUCGCGGUAUCCUUAAUAAAUUAACUCCAGAGAAAUUUCAAGAACUUAGCGAUGAAUUGUUGAAACUCGACUUAAACUCCAUUCUCAUUUUAAAUGGUGUGAUUUUGUUGAUUUUUGAUAAAGCUCUAGAUGAGCCGAAAUAUUCGUCUAUGUAUGCACAGUUAUGCAAACGACUCUCCGAAGAAGCUCCAUCUUUUGAAAAAGACCCCAACAGUUUAUGUACCUUUUUACGGCUGCUCAUCGCUGUUUGUCGUGACAAGUUUAAUAAUCGCCUCAAACGCGACAACACCGACGGUGACAACAACAAUCAAUUUAACAAAGUACAUCGACCAGAGUCACAAGCAAAUCUUGGCGAAAAUGAUACCGAUGAAGAAGAACGCCGUCAUCUGGCCAAACAGCGCAUGCUGGGUAAUGUUAAGUUCAUUGGUGAACUGCACAAAUUGGAUAUGUUGUCAACAAAUGUCCUGCAUCAGUGCAUCAUGGAAUUGCUGGACAAGAAGAAGAAGCGUUCACCCUCACAGCAGGAAAUGUGCGAGGACAUGGAGUGCUUGGCACAGCUGCUCAAAACGUGCGGGAAGGUCCUGGAUUCAGAACAGGGCAAAGAGCUGAUGAAUCAAUAUUUCGAUACAUUGGAACGCCGAUCAAAAUCGACUGACUAUCCGCCUAGGAUACGCUUCAUGUUGAAGGAUGUCAUCGAACUGCGUGAAAACAACUGGAUACCCCGUAAAGUGGCGACCACUGAGGGACCCGUGCCUAUUAAGCAGAUCCGCACCGACGAUGAUACAAUUAUUCGUACACCGUUCGCACAGAGGAAUCGCGAUAUGCGCAAUAAUGAUCGCGACGGUGAUAGCUGGAUGAAUCGUUUCCAUAUAAAUCUGCAACCAGGCUUUAAUGAUAUGUUUGGUAGUUUAAGCGUAACUGGUGCUUCGCCGAUUGUUUCACCAUUUGUUGGUAAUAACUCCAAUCGCCCCUAUAAUGGACGUGAGCGCAAUCAAGGUGGACGCGAUGGCAACAAUUACAACAAUCGUUACAAUAAGCACAAUAAUCAAAAUAGUGGAUCCGGUGGAAAUCGAGAGGACGGACGAGGUGGCCGCAAUGGGCACAUGGGACGAGAUGGUGACUCAUCUGGUCCAUCACAUUAUGGCAACGGCGGUGCAAACUCGCUGCUUAACAGCAAAGAACUUGCACCACGCUUCAAACGAAAUUUGAUGUCGACCAAUCAAGAUCCUGUGGAAAAUCUACAAAUGCGACCUGCUGCCAACUCGCUUCUUUUCAAAGCUGCGUCACAAAAUCAUAAACUGCCAGCAAUGUUGCCAAUGUCGACACCGCCAACUGGUAGCACUGGCUUCGGUAAUAGCAGUUCCAGUCGAGGUGGUGCUCCCAGCAAGGAUCAACUGUCUAACAUACAAUAUCCGUUACUUGGUACCCCUACUUCGCACAUAAUAAACCCAGCACGCCCUUCGUCGACUCCAUCUGCCGAAUAUGAUAGUGAGAAGAGUGUUCAAUCCGCCAGCUUGGGUUUAACUUUGGCGAGAGGUCUAAAAGCUACUUCUUCCUCGCCAAACUUCGGUGCAGCGAACAAUGCUACCGGCGAAAAAGGAAACCCUAUCGACAAUAAUACAGAUUACCCCAAUAUGUCGGAUGCUGUUUACAAAAAACGUAGCUCCACACCGGUAGAUCCACAACAGUUGGUCACUAAACAGGGUUCCGUGGAGAAGAUUGCUGGCGCUGGUGCGAAUAAACAGAAGAAAGAUAAAGCUUUUAACAAAGAAGAAGUUUUGAAGAAAACUACCACUUAUAUUAAAGAUAUUUUCUUCUACGAUUCCGAUGACGAUGAGGAUACAACUAUCACUGACUCCCCAGUUAACGACCAAGAAGGAGAUCACAAUGAUAGCGGCGUUGCUAGCUCGAACGCCAGCGAUAGCAUCCAUGGCAAGCAAUUUACUAAUCUAGUAGAUGGAUUUUUGGAUCUCAAAGUGCCUGAGAAAUGUAUGAAGGAUGUCUGCAUCAAUAUCAUAAUGGAUGUGCUGGAAAAACCCGAAGACAAGUAUUUGAAUCGUGUAAUCAUAUUCUUACAAGCAUUACGUAAGCAAUGCAAUAUCAAGCCCAAUAUUAUAUUGGAAGUUUUUAAGCAAGUUAUUAACAAAAUGAACGAACGUGAAGCUUUAAAUCCGCGCAUUGCCACACAUGUUGCUGGCCUGUUGAGCCGCGCCGUUGGCGAUGCUGGUCUACUCAAAUUGACCGAUAUUGCCAACUACACAGACAACGGUCAACAUUAUCCGCUAUUUUUGCUCGUGCUGCAGCAACUGCACAAGUCCAUUGGCAAAGAACCGUUGGCGGAGACAUUCCGUGAAAGUAAAAUCGAUUUGAUGAACAGUUUACCGGAAGUGGAUCGCAAUAAGACACGUUUAGCCGAAAUAUUGGACGAUCGCAACUUGGCUUUCCUCUAUCCGUUGCUCAAAGUGCAGGCAGAGAUGUAUAAGCAACUCACUAGCGAUCCAAAUCCCACAGCAUUCUUUAAGUGGAUCAAAGCCAAUGUCGAUUCCAAAUUCUAUAAAGAUGUUGGUUUUAUUAAUGCACUCAUGACAGUUAUAGUGAAAUAUAUAACACAAGAGACAACUCUAGCAGAAGGUACAGACACUAAGAAGCAUCCAGAUCGUGCCACCAUCGAGAAAGAGGAAUCGUUGCUACUCAAAUAUUGUCAAAUUCUGCAAACAUUCCUGGGUGGCAGUAACGAGCUGCAAUUGAUUGCUAUUUAUGCACUACAAGUUUUUUGCUAUAAUGAAAACUUCCCCAAAGGUAUGCUUUGCCGCUGGUUCAAAUAUCUCUAUGAAGCUGAAGUAAUCGAAGAGGAGACAUUUAUUUUAUGGAAGGAGGAAAUUUCAGACAAAUACCCUGGCAAGGGAACUGCAUUAUUCCAAGUUAACAAUUGGCUGACUUGGUUGCAAGAGGCCGAAUCUGAGGAUGACGAUGACUGAAUUUAGCAAAUCCAUUAACGCAAUAAAUAAAAAACAAAAUAUAUUUAAACACAAAUUAUUAACCUAUUAAACUGAUAGAUAACAAACUAACAAAAAUUAAAAAAAAAAUUUAAAAAAAAAUUAAAAAAAAAAAACUUUCGAAAUGAAUAAUGCGUUGAAUCGUUCGUUAGCACAUUCUGAAAAUCAACACUCCAAAUUAAAAUAAAAAAAGAAUGCUGCAUGAAGGCAAAGAUAAUCACAUGCACGCUAUUUGCAACAAAAAAAAAUAAUAAUAAUGAAAAUUAGAAUUAUAAAAUAUAUUAAUAAAACAUGAACAAAUUAAGCAAGCAUAAAAGCGACAAAAGAUCAGACUUCAGAAACUGGGGACGAAAUGAAUGAUAAUUUUGAACAUAAAUUUAAUACACUUAUUGUACUGUACUCCAGUUCUAUAUUUUUUCUCUCGAUACUGCAACAAUUCAUUGUGUGGAAGAAAACAAAAACAAUUUUAGAUAAUUACCAAUCACACUAAUUUUCUUAAACUCGAUCUUCAACGCUCAGUAAUUUUUUAGCAAAUUUAUUUCAAUAUAAUCUCUGAAUACUACGACUUUAUUUCUUAUUUUAAAAUGAAUAAACAACAAAAACAAAA